AUGACCCCGAAUACCGAAGACGGCGCAGAGCCGCCACACAUCGUGGUUCUGGACGGAGGUUUCUCCACACAACUGUCGUGUCACGUAGGACACGUCAUCGACGGAGACCCUCUGUGGAGCGCCCGCUUUCUUCACACACACCCUAAUGAGGUGGUGAACACCCAUCUAGAUUUUCUAAGAGCGGGGGCACAUUUAAUAAUCACGAACACUUAUCAAGCUUCGGUUGACGGCUUUGUGGAGCAUCUUGGCGUCACUGCGGAUCAAGCAUACGAGCUCAUGCUACGUGCUGUAGAGUUGGCGAAGCGUGCGCGUUCCCUCUACUUGGAGGAAUACGAGGACUGUAUUCAGGACGAUCAUGUUCCGUUAGUGGUGGGAUCAGUGGGUCCGUACGGGGCACAUCUGCACGAUGGCUCAGAAUACGACGGCAGCUACGCUGACACCACGUCAGUUCAGACAAUGCGCGACUGGCAUCGGCCCCGAAUUCAAGCUUUAGUGGAAGCCGGAGUAGACCUACUAGCAUUGGAGACAAUACCCUGCCAAGAAGAAGCCGAAAUGUUAUGCGACCUGUUGCGCGAAUUUCCAAAUGUAAAGGCGUGGCUUGCUUUUAGCUGUAAGGAUAACCAAAGCAUAGCCCAUGGCGAGAGUUUCCAAAAAGUAGCCAAAAAGUGUUGGGAAGCGAAUCCAGAUCAAUUAGUAGCGGUCGGGGUGAACUGCUGCGCACCGUCCUACGUUUCGACUCUAUUGAAAGGGAUCAACGACGACCGGCCCCAAUCCCCCAUACCCUUGAUUGUUUAUCCCAACUCAGGCGAGAAAUACAAUCCACAAAUAGGGUGGAUCGAUCGGGAUAAGUGCGAGGCGGUAGAAGUGUUCAUACAGGAAUGGUUGGAUCUAGGAGUGAGGUAUGUGGGCGGUUGCUGUCGCACAUACGCGGCGGAUGUGUCCCGUAUCCGUAACCAGGUCCAUUGCUGGCGCGACCGCUGGCGUUUCCAAGCCAAAUACCAAGCAAAUCUCAAUUCUAAUAAAAACACAGUCGAC